CAGGAUCUGCUUACCUGGGAAGAUGGCCUCGCACGCUGAACGUGCCGGGAGUUACUUCCGAGUAAGCACGAAGAGGAUCGGGAAGCGAGCUCACUCACGGGCGCUCUCCUGACAAGCCCCAUUCAGCAUCUCCCGCGCCACGGCUCUCCUCGAAGUCCCGCCCACCCACUUGGCAGCCCCGCCCCCUGGCUCUUCGCGAGUCAGACGUCUUCCAAGCGGUCCGCUAGGACACUUUUCGGUUGGAUGCAAAGGGUCCAGGUGGAGCGGCGGGCGAGAUCCAGGACUCGAGCGAAGAGAAGCCAGCAAGGGACCCGCUAUCUCCAAACUUACAGAGCAGAGAAAGAAGAUCUGAGAUAUUGCAAAAGAAAUCCCGAGGACAAGACUGGGCGGUGGUGAUGCAAUAGAGGGUUUUCUUCCUCCUUUCCUGAAGGGACCCAGGUGUCCGGUUUCCCCAACCUAGGGAGGUGAAAAAGCAUCUGGCAUGCCUUCUGGUGUUUACCUCUCCAUCUACCUGCUCACCAUCCUGACGGGCUUUCCCACCAACCUUCUGGCCCUGUAUGCCCUCAUCAAGAAGCUGAAGACCAAGGCCACGCCCAACUGUGUCCUCCUCCUCAACCUCACUGUUUCUGACCUCUGCUUCCUGGCUUUCCUGCCCUUCAAGGUGGCAGAGGCGGUUGCCGGGCAGUGGCCUCUCCCCGCUCCCCUAUGUCCCCUCAGUGGCCUCUUCUACUUCAGCACCAUCUACUCCAGCACCCUCUUCCUCACAGCGGUGAGCGUGGAGCGCUACCUGGGCGUGGCCUACCCCAUCCACUACAAGCUGAGGCGCCAUUCGGCCUACGCGGCUGUGGCCAGCCUAGGCCUCUGGGCCUGCUCCUUUGCCCAUUGCAGCAUUGUGUACAUCACUGAGUUUCAGCCAUACAACAACACAGAGCCAGACAACGGCUCCCAUAAAAACUGCUACAAGAACUUCACAGAUGUCCAGCUCGCCAUCCUGCUCCCCGUCCGCCUGGAGCUUGGCAUCGUCCUUUUCCUGGUCCCAUCCUUGCUCACUUGCUUCUGCUACUUUGGCUUCAUGAGGAUCGUGAUCUCCUCGCCGCACAUCCGCAGGAGCAAAAAGCAGCGAGCUGUGGGGCUGGUGUCGGCCACGUUAGCCGUCUUCAUCGUCUGCUUCUCGCCUUACAACAUCUCCCACGUGGUGGGCUUCAUCCAGUGGGAAGAUCCACGGUGGAGGGAUGAGGCCUUGCUCCUCAGCACCUUCAAUGCCAGCUUGGAUCCGGUCAUCUUCUACUUUUCUUCCUCUGCAGUGCAACGUUCAUGCUGGGGCUUCCUGACCAGGGUAGAGAGAGUCUGUGCCUUGCCUUCAGUGAUCCGCAAGGUGUUCUAUAGAGAGAGUGAAAAACUGGGGAGAGCAGGCCCCCAGGAGGCAGUUUGCUGUUCCAGGUUAUGACCAUCUACAUCUAAGGACAUGGCCAGAGACUGAGACUUUCUUUGUGGGCCAAGCAGAUACUACAACAUUUGAUUUAAGUCUGACAGAAAUGGCUCCAGGCCCCCGAAACUGAAAUCUCAGUAUCAUGCACCUCUGCAGUUUCUGCACCUCAGAGGCUAGCUGGACUGUGCCCGGAGAAGCUCCAUAAGUCCUUUUCCAUGCUGGGUUGAGGAAUCAUGGAAUUGUAGAGUUGGACAUCUAGUCUAACCCCUUGCAAUGCAGGAAUCUUUUGCCCAACAUGGGGCUUGAACCCACAACCCCGAGAUUAAGGGUCUCAUGCUCUACCAAUUGAGCCUCUCCCCUCUUGGUUCUUGAAGGCUAGAAGUAAUGAUGGGUGAGAGCCACUUCCCUCCAGUUUUAUUUUGAAUAUGUUUUGACGAAAAUAAGUUUAAUUUGGUGAGCGCAUGUAGGAUGCAAGCUCAUUCUGACUAGGCACCACUGUCAUGAGCUCCACAAGGCAUGGGGCUGUCCCUUCUCCAUCCAUUGAGCUCCCAUGCCACCCAUGAGCUUCCCCCCAUGUCUUGCUUCUUGUCUGUUUCCCCCAAAGUCAGCCAGUGGUGAAUGUGGCUUACAAGGCCUCCACUAGGUCCUAGGCCAGGCAUAGGCGAACUCGGCCCUCCAGAUGUUUUGGGACUACAACUCCCAUCACCCCUGACCACUGGUCCUGUUAGCUAGGGAUGGUGGGAGCUGCAGUCCCAAAACAUCUGGAGGGCCGAGUUCACCUAUGCCUGCCCUAGGCACUGCUCUGAUAGUUAUGGAGGAGACAAAUAAAUCAGGAGUCAUGAGAAAUGUUCCCAUGGCUCCUGAUAUCCUGGAUGCUGCUUCACAUGUUCCUAGCGGCAUUGCGGAGAUGGUUCACAGCAGGGUGAGGUGCUUGGUGAUGCCUAGCAGAGACUCUUACUCUCCAACUAUUUCCAGAAAAGGGAUGAUGUGACACUGAGCUCCUUCUAUUUUCCUUGCUCUGCUGGAAAAGGGGCAUAUAUGUGCUUUUCGGCACUCUGACUCAUUGCUGGAAAAGGAUUUUCCGAAGAAACAAGGACUCUGUUCGCUGCCACAAAUAACACCAAGUGUUAAAACUGUAGAGAAUCAUGUUCCAUGUUUGUGUGUGGUCGUGUUGGAUGGGUGGGGGGCCAGAUCCCAUCGAAAGUGACUUCACAAAAUAAGGAGGGUGCUCAUCUCCCCAAGGAGGGUGGGAGGACCUGAGUGCAUAUUGCCUACUUUGCAUGUUAACCCAGCAGUGCCAAAAGAGGAAAUAAGACUCUACGGUUCAUGCCUUGGCACUUUCCCCCCCUUUUUGUCAUGUUUGAAGCUGCUCUCAAGAUGUGUGAGAAAUCUAAGAGGCCGUUUGGGCAGCCAUGGUGGUCCCAAUGUGGCCUGUUAACACCUCCCAGAGGACAUGUGAGGAAGCCCAUCCUUUUUACUGAAUGCAAGUAAUUUGAAGUGGCAAGAUGCAGUGAACCCGUGUAACACAAGCAGGAGUUGCUAAGGAGUGUGGGAAUGCUCAGGGUGGCAGGAGAGGAUAUAUUGUUUAUUAAUAUCCUUCCUAACUUGUGCUAGCAAGUCCCUUUAAUUAGCAGAGUUUACUUUCCCCUUCUAACAUGCAGCAGAUAGCUGGUUGCAGGCUUGUGUAAGCCUCUUACUAUCAUACAAUUCAUUAUUGAAUUGUAUGUUCCUGAUAA